GCGCAUGUGAGAACACGUGUUGAUGAUCGGCGUCCCGGGGUUUCAAGCGUCGUGCGUGUCGUAACGUAAUGUCGCGUAGCUUCUUUGAUUUAUAGACGAGCCGCAGGAUGUUGACAUGCAGUCGAGAAAUUGUCUUCAGUUAACAUUGGCGAUACUCAAGCCGCACGUCGUCAAAUCCCCGUUCGCUCUACAGAAGAUUCGCGAUUUAAUAAUCGACAAUAAUUUCAAAGUUGUCAGAUCGCGCAGGGCGACGUUUUCUCGCGAGGAGGCCGAGCUGUUUUACGAGGAGCACAAAAGCAAGUUCUUUUACAACCGUCUCUUGACUUUCAUGUGCAGCGGUCCAUCCGACGUUCACAUUCUGACGCGUCACAACGCUGUCGCCAAGUGGCGGCAGCUGAUGGGCCCCACCAAGACCUAUCAGGCGCAAUAUAAUGCCCAGGAUACUAUCAGGGGAAUGUUUGGCCUUUCGGAUACUAGAAAUGCCACGCACGGAUCUGAUUCGACAAAAUCCGCAGAAAGGGAGAUAAUGAUAUUCUUUAAAGAGUUUAAUAUAAGAAAGUGGUACGACAAUGAAGAGGUGUUUUACAACUUGGGAAGACUGCAUUUCGAUCCAAUAUCCUUUGUGCACACCAUUGACAAGACUUACAUUCAGAAUGAACGGGUUACAAAAUAAUACUGUGAAAUGUUAGUUUA